UUAUCAUUAUUGUCAAUAUUAUUUAAAAGGUUUUAUGUAAAAUGGAAUUUUUUUUUGCAGGUAAUAUCUGUACAAACAACACGUUGUGGCUUUAUUCAUGUUUAUAUACAAGGAAAUCUAGAAAAUCGUAAUGGCAAAACAAUGGUUAUGACUGUACAUGAUGUUGGAACGAAUUAUAAAGCCUUUCCAACGCUUGACCAAAUCGGUGAAGAUUUAGUGUGCGUACUCGACAAACUUGAUGUAAAGACUUGUAUUGCAUUUGGUGAGGGAGCUGGAGCAAAUAUCAUAUGCCGUUUUGCUAUGUCAUCACCGAAUCGUAUUAUGGGAAUUUGCCUUGUCCAUUGUACGUCAACAACUGCUGGAAUUAUUGAAUAUUGCAAAGAUAAACUUAUCAAUAUGCGUCUCGAAUCAGGCGUAAUGUCUCAAGGCGCAUGGGAUUACUUAGCCAUGCAUAAAUUUGGAUCGAGUGAUAAAAAAGAAAAGCAAGCAUAUAUCGAAGAAUUAAAGAGUUGCUUAAAUCCUAAGAAUCUCAGCAAAUAUUUAUUUAGUUUUUGCAAAAGGAGCGAUAUAUCAUCACUACUUGGAAGCAAACUUGAAAAUAUGGAUGCAUUACUCGUAACUGGAGCUCGAGCUUCGCAUCUUCACACCGUUUAUACGACUCAUAAGUCGAUGAAUAAAAGGAAGACAACUCUUCUCGUUGUUGACAAUGUUAGCGAUGUUAUGGCAGAAGCUCCAGAGAAAUUGGCUCGUUCAUUAAUACUUUUGUGCAAAGGAUGUGGUGUUAUGUCAGGUGUUGCGAUACCCGGAAUGGAACGUCAACGAACAUUAAGCAGGUUCGAUGAAUUUUUCCGAUUUUCCAUAUCGAUUAACUAA